AUGAUUGACGAAUUUAAAGAUAAAUACGCUCCAAAUUUAUUUGACGUACUACUAACUGAUCUUAAUUCAAAAGAAUUACAGCAAGAAAUUUCCGAAAGACUUAAAAUCUCAUAUUUAUCAAAUACUCUUUAUACGGAAUUGGAAGUAGUAAAGGGAGAUGUAUUUGAUCGUAAUUUGAGACCGUUUGUCACUAUACCAGUAGAACGUACAAUUUCUUCUAAACACUGUGCUCAAAUAACUGCAUAUUUGUCACCUCAAGGUUCACAUUUCCAAGAAGUUAUCUUCUUGGGACAGAGUAUCUAA